AUGAAAGAAACAAAGCAACAUGAUGCCUCAGAAAUUGAUUAUUGCCCAAGGGAUGAGGUCAUGAGCACCAUAGUAGAGGAAAGUCUCAGACAAAAUGAAAGCCGUCAGAGGCUGACGUCAACGCAGGCGCCAGAAGUGCCUCCUGGGAGAGUGGCCCUGGCGGCCAUAGUGGCAGAGGCAGCGGAGAAGGUAGCGGUGGCCCAUGGAGUGCUACUUCAAAGAGAAAGAGUACCUCCUCGGAGUCAUCCCAGUGGUGGCUGCCAUAGAACACUUGAUAUUGUGCCAAACAAUCCACUACUGCUAGGAAAGAGACCACCAGUGCUAGACAGACCUGGUGAAGGAAGCUACAGUACAUAUUACAGUGAUGUUGCUUAUCAAGAAUACAAUGAAGGCCGCAGUACUUCUCAUGAUGGAAGAAACGGUCCAUCUCAGAGAGGAGAUGAAUCUGGUUAUCGAUGGUCCUGUAAUGUUGAUUACCAAGAGGAUGAAGAGCACUACAGUUUUUCUCAUGAUGGAAGAAGUGGUCCACCUGAGAAAGGAGAUGAGGCUGGUUAUCAAGACAACACGGCCCAGUGCAUCCUCGACCAGUUCAUCUGCCCUGGCCAGGCCAGUUGGGUGUGGCAGAAUGGCAUCUUGCUGCUGCUGCCACAUGGCAUGGAGGGCAUGGACCCAGAGCACUCCUCCACCUAUCCGAAGUGCUUCCUGCAGAUGUGCAAGGACGACCCAGAUGUCCUGCCUGACCUUGGGGGAGCCAACUUGGACAUGAGCCAGCUGUAGGGCUGCAACUGGGUGGUCCUCAACUGCUCCAUGCCCGGCAACUUCUUCCACGUGCUGCGCUGGCAGAUCCUGCUGCCCUUCCAGAAGGCGUUAAUUUCCUUCACGCCCAAAUCCCCUCGCCACCCCAAGGCUAGAACCAACUUGGAUGAGAUGUUUGCAGGAACUCACUUCCAGCGGGUGAUUCCGGAUGACAGCUCCACGGUGCAGGACCCCAGCCCGGUGAAGGGGCUUCUCUUUUGCACCAACAAGGUGUACUAUGACCUCACCCAGGAGGGCAAGGCCAGGGGCAUGGCCAAGCAGGUGGCCAUCUUGAGGAUCGAGCAGCUGUCGCCAUUCCCCUUUGAACUCCUGCUGAAGGAGGCACAAAAUUACCCCGGCACCGAGCUGUUGUGGUGCCAGGAAGAGCACAAGAACCAGGGCUGCUACGACUACGUGAACCCGCAGCUCCAGACCACCAUCGACUGCGCCAAGCCCGUCUGGAACGUUGGCAGUGACCCAGCCGCUACGCCGGCCACCGGCAAUAAGCAGACUCAACUGAUGGAGCUGCAGAGCUUCCUGGACAUGACUUUCGAUCUGGACGCCUUCAGGAAAUUCUCUUAG